GGUUGAACGCGCUCGUCGCGUCUCCCUGGAUUGUCGCAGAUGCCCUCGUUUGCUCAUUGUCCGUUUGCAUCCAAAUAAAGCGCACCCAUUCUACCUAUGCGCACUCGAUGAUAUGAGGCUUGUCAGAAAACAAGUCUCUGGUCGCUAAAAUGCCCAAGCGCACGGUAAACGGGCUUGCAGGCAGCCCUGCUCACAAGCGGACGCGGUUCGAGCAAGAUGAAGAUGAGGUUGUCGAUACCGCCGAAUCGAGCUCUGCCCGGCGCAACGAAUCUAGAAAACGUGUCCGCCUCUCAACACCCGAAGAUGUCAAACCUAUUAUACCGAGCCACUCCUCUCGCCGAGCUCCUAAUCCGAGCAAUGACGAUGAAGAAGAGGAUGGGGAGGAGGAAGAUUUUAAUAUGGAAGACGAAGGCGAAGGCGACCUUGUGGCCGGAACCCAGUACGAAAUGCUCCGCGACAAGGAGUUCGCGCAUCUGCAACAUGAAAAGGAGGACGAUCAGCGCGCCACACAACGACUGCGUAGCCGGCCAAAUAUCGUAGGCCAAAACCAUACGGCAGAAAAUGGAAUUCUACUGAGGGUUGAGUGCGUAAACUUUAUGUGUCACGAAAGGCUGAACGUUGAGUUGGGUCCUUUGAUGAACUUUAUUGUUGGCGAGAAUGGCAGCGGCAAGAGUGCCAUCUUGACGGCGAUUACUGUUUGUCUUGGAGGCAAGGCAAGCUCGACAAACCGUGCAGGCAGUCUCAAGGCGCUGGUCAAGUCAGGACAACAACAAGCAAUCUUGUCGGUGACAAUCAAGAAUGAAGGACUUGAUGCUUUCCAGCAUGAUAUCUAUGGCGACUCGAUCACAGUCGAGCGGCAUUUCUCGACUACCGGAAGCAGCGGCUUCAAGGUCAAAUCCAAGUCCGGAAGGAUCAUCGGAACCAAAAAGGCUCUCGUUGAGGAGAUUGUCGAGUAUUUCUGUUUGCAGGUUGACAACCCGCUCAAUGUCCUCUCCCAAGACCAGGCCAGAUCAUUUUUGAAUUCUGCCUCCGACUCGGAAAAGUAUCAAUUCUUCAUCAUGGGCGUGCAGCUGGAACAGUUGGACAACGAUUACCGACUGGUCAAUGAGUUUGUUGAGUCCGCCCGUUCCAAGAUACCGGAGCAGGAGGAGAGAGUGGUUUUGACCAAAAAGAAAUACGAAGAAGCCCAGAAGCUUCACGAGUCCAUGAAGCAAAACGAAGAGCUGCGCCGGAAAAGGCGUCUCUACGCCCAACAGCUUGCCUGGGCACAGGUUCAGGACCAGGAGAAGAUUCUGGAGGGUCGGCAUGAUAAAGUACGGGAUGUCAAUGACAGAAUACGCGCCCAAGAGCUCGAGAUCGAGAGAAAAUCCGCAGCGUUUGAUGCCGCAGAUAGAACCUACGAGCGGGCUGUUGCCGAGGCGGAACGUAUGGCCGAGGAGGAGCCUGAAGCUGCCGCCAUGACCGAUGCUGCACAAGAAAAGUUUGAUGCUGCGAGGCGGGAGCUGGAAAGGAUUCGCCAGGACGAGCGUGAUGCGCAUACACAGCUGAAGCAUCAUGACAAGGCACUAAAGGCCAACGCUGCCAGCAUCGAACAGGAGAAGAAGAUCGUAGCCGGAUCGACCGGCGAGGAGGUCACCCGAAACCGAGAUAGGCUUGCUGCUGAAAAAGAUCGACUCGAACAGAUCCGCGAGCGGUUAAACGAAAACGCAGCACGCGGUCCAGGUCUCGAGCAACUGCGAGACGACGCGAAAAACGAGCAAAUAAAGAUGCACCGGGCGGCGGAGGCCAAGCAGCAGGAGAUCAGGGCCCAGGAAGGCAAGAUCAGGGACUUGGAGAGAAACGAUCGGUCUCCGCUGGACGGGUACGAGCCUCGCGUGCCGGAACUGUUGCGCCAGAUCGCCAGCGACUCCGGAUACAGGGAAAAGCCCAUUGGGCCUAUGGGCUCUCUGAUUCGACUACAUAAACCGGAAUGGUCAAGUUUGCUCGAAAAGACGCUUGGUCAACAACUGAAUGCGUUUGUCGUCACUAGCAAGGCAGACCAGCAACGCCUUCAAACCACCAUGCGUCGUCUCGGUAUCCAAAGAUGCCCCAUCGCGAUUGGCAACCGUGCUCCGCUCAACACGGCAGACAAGGAACCAGAUACCGAAUUCGAUACAAUCCUGCGGGUGCUCAAGUUUGACGAUGACUUGAUACGUAACCAACUGAUCAUCUCCGGUUCCAUUGAGCAAGUCAUCCUCAUCCCGGAUCGAAAGGCAGCCGAAAAGGCCAUGUUCGACGGACCGCCGCCAAGAAAUGUCAAAGCCUGCCUUUCUUUCAACGAAAGGACCAAGAGCAGGGGCUACCGUCUAACCGCUAGGCAAGGCGGCCAAAACCUGUCGACUUCUCAGGUCAAUCCGAACCCCGGCACCAAGCCGCGGAUGAAGGCCGAUGCGCACGCUCAGAUAGCUCAGGAGCGGGAGUACUUGGCGCAGCUUAAGGACGAAUAUACUCGCCUUUGCCAAAAGCGUGACGAUCAGCGGAGGAAAGUCCAGCAGUGUGAACAGGAGCUGCAGCAGCAACGACAGACCAAGACAGAGCUCCAUAGGGAAGAGAGACAAUGCGAGGCGUCAAUUCUAGGCAUUGAGCGCGACCUCGAUCAGUUCGAAGGCUACGACGCUCGUCUUCAGGGACUGGAGGAGGCCAGGGCGCGCCUGCAAGAAGAGUUUGAAACCGUGGGGCGUCAGUAUGGAGAGCUGCGCGCAAUCAUGGACGAGCAAAACAAAAAGGUUCAGGCCCUCCAUGCGGAGCUGGCGAAGGAAAAGGCCACGCGAGACCAAUUCAUGGCGCGUAGGGGUAGGGCCAUGGAUAAGAUCAAGGGAUACGCCGACGGGAGGGCGAUGGAGCUCAGCCAGAAGAAUGCCGCAAUGGAGGAAAUGGAAAAACUCAAAGACGAUUUGCGACGAGCAGAGAGGAAAGUAGGGGAGCAGGAAACAAUUGUCCAAGAGUUCACCACCGAAGCAUCGAAGAUCUUUCCGGAAAGGGUGUUUGUGCCCGAGGGCGAAACGCAUCAGGCAGUGCAAAAGAAGUUGGACAUCGUCAAGAAGCAGCUUGAUGACCGCAACAAGCGCAUUGGCAAGACCGAGGCGCAGGUGGAAGCCGAGGCCGCAACCGCCAAGAAGAACUUUGAGCACGCCUCCAAGUCGCUCAAGGGGAGCUUGCAGGUGAUAAAGCAGCUGAAGCGGACCAUGGCUCUUCGUCUAGAGAAGUGGCGACUCUUCCAGCGCUAUAUCUCGGCGAGCGCGCGGACCAAUUUCAUCUACCUACUCAGCGAGCGUGGCUAUCGCGGCCAGCUUCUCCUGGACCACGUCAACCGGAAGCUGCAGAUCCAGGUUGAGCCUGAUGCCACCAAGAAAAACGGACAGGGCAGGAACACCAAAACGCUGUCUGGUGGCGAGAAGUCCUUUUCUUCCAUCUGCCUGUUGCUGGCAAUAUGGGAUUCCAUGGGUUCGCCGCUUCGCUGUCUGGAUGAGUUUGAUGUGUUCAUGGACAACGUGAACAGGGCCAUUAGCACAAACAUGCUGGUUUCUGCCGCACGUAGGUCUGUCAGCCGACAGUAUAUCAUGAUCACACCAAACGCCAUCGAGGGUCGUGCCAAGGUCGACAAGGACGUCAAGAUCCACAGAAUGACUGAUCCUCGCCAACGCACGUUGGCUGGCCCUCAGGCACGCUAAGGCAAAACAAACAUCCAGAUACCGAUUUGCUUUUUGGGGGCGCUCGUGUAUUAUUGCAAGGGAGUUAAGAUAUGGGCUAAGCAUUGGAGUAGGCGUUUGUUCUCAUGAGUGAGCGACUGGGGUCUGGUAACAGGUCGAGGGCCUUGUGUUGCUUGGAAGGAGUUUGCUUUAAACUGCAAUCUUUGCUCGAACAAUCAAAAGAAAAGGAGAAAGCAAUGAUGAUGGGCUAAUGUUCGUUUCAUGGAUGAACCCAAGGUCGACAAAGAAGCGCUGGAUGUACAUUACUCCAGAAAACUUGUAUACUUUCUUUUGUUGUACAUAUAUUCUACACCCUGUAUUAUACACAAACAACACAUACGCACAAUAACUGACUGAUUACACUGGUCGCACUAGCGCUGACCAAAAAUUAUAUCCUG